GUUAAGUUGUUAAAAUUUGGAGAAGAAUAAAAUUAAAAAAAAAAAACGAAAUCGAAAUUAUUAAUAUUAGUGUUUAAAAGGAAAUUAAUAUAUUAAAAAAAGUAAACUUAUAUACAAUGAUGAAUGCCACUUCUUCUCCUCGUUUAAAUCGCGCUCGUAUUGCUACUUCACCGCCGGAAACUAUACGUUAUCCGACAACGGAUAUACGGACAUCGCAUACGAUAAAUAUACCCGCUCAGACAAAUCGUACAUAUCAAGGAUUAAAAACUUCCGAAAAUGAAGAAAUGAAUUGUGUAGAAAUUCUGGCUACCACUAUAUCAAUAAUUAUAAUGGUCUUAACAUUUCCCAUUUCAAUAUUUAUAUGCUUUAAAGUAGUUUCGGAAUAUGAAAGAGCUGUGAUAUUUCGUAUGGGUCGUUUGCGUAGUGGAGGAGCAAGAGGACCCGGUGUUUUCUUUGUUUUACCCUGUGUCGAUGAUUAUUGUAAAGUAGAUUUGCGUACAGUAUCCUUUGAUGUACCACCACAAGAAGUAUUAUCCAAAGAUUCGGUAACUGUAACCGUAGAUGCAGUAGUUUAUUAUCGCAUUAGUGAUCCUUUGAAAGCUGUUAUACAAGUAUCAAAUUAUAGUCAUUCCACUCGCCUAUUGGCGGCCACUACUUUACGUAAUGUUUUGGGUACACGUAAUUUAUCGGAAUUGUUGACAGAAAGAGAAACUAUAUCACAUACCAUGCAAAUGUCCUUAGAUGAGGCCACCGAUCCCUGGGGAGUUAAGGUGGAGAGAGUGGAAAUAAAAGAUGUUUCUUUACCCACCGCCCUGCAAAGAGCCAUGGCAGCGGAAGCUGAAGCAGCACGAGAAGCCCGUGCUAAAGUGAUAGCUGCAGAGGGAGAAAUGAAAUCCUCCAGAGCUUUAAGGGAGGCUUCAGAUAUUAUAUCAGCCAGUCCCUCCGCUUUACAGCUCCGCUAUUUACAAACUUUGAAUAAUAUAUCGGCCGAAAAGAAUUCCACCAUUAUCUUUCCCUUGCCCAUGGAUCUUUUAACACCUUUCUUAUCGCAUCAAAAUACUUCAUCACACUGUACGCACAAACAUCAAUGUCAGUGACAUUUACCCUUGAAGCAGUAUUUAGAUGAGCUGCACUCCUGCGAAUUGAAAAACGAUUUAAAUACUACAUAACGAACGAUUUAAAUAUUGUUUACACUAUUAUUAAGUUUUUAAAGUCUUUUAUAAAAUCGCUUUAUAUUA